AUGAUCUCUUCAAUCGCUACCGUCAUCGUCGCCUCGGCUGCCGCCGUCUCUGCUGGUGUCAUCCCCAAGCGUGGCCAGGGGAUCAGCGUCACCCCCCAUGAUCAGUACUCUUCGUCCAUCGGUGUGAUUGGAGGCAAGAUCAACACCAACCGUGUUGCCUACUGGCCCGAAGCAAUCACCUGCGACAACAUCUGCGUCAAGGUGUCUUACGAGGGCCGCAGCCUCAACCUCCUCAAGAUUGACCAGUCUGGUGGUGCCCACGACAUCUCGUACGAUGCCUGGAACUACCUUGCCUUUGGCAAGUCUGCCACGGACAGCCCUCAGAUGGGAGGCGGCAUCGCUAUGGAAUAUGAGACAGUCUCUGUUGACGAGUGCGCGGACCUCCUCACAGACGGCAAAUUGCCUCUCUCUGCCGCCAACAGCAUGGGCUAUGUCGGUGCUUGCAUCGGGGAGCCAAACAGCUGGGUUGCCAAGAAUUACGAGCUUGUCAACAUCCUUGACCCCGUUGGCAAAAAUGGCUGGAACGAGAUUUGCACUCUCGACUUGACAGUUAGCAACCAGCCAAAGUGCCCUCACACCCUUGGUGAACAACACUCUCCCACUGGCCUCGAAGUCGUCAACAUUCAGUACGGCACUGGCAAGCAGGUUACUGUUUAA